CCGUAACAGAUAGAGUUGAUGUCAUGCACGCUUCGCUUCCCCGCACACCGAACUGGCCCGUUGUUCCUUUAGUCCGAUCAUUGUGUCUACUACAGUGUAUAGUAUCAGAUAGCACUUGAAUAGCGCGAGGAACUGUGGGCCCCUGCCAGAGACUAAAAUGUUACAGUUCGCGCGCGGCAGCGCCGCAGCGAGUAGACAUGGCUUAGGCAGUAGCCAUACUAGUGCUCCAGUAUCAGCACGCACGGGGCUAACUCUGCGGCCAUGCGGCAUACCGCGGACCCAGCCUCGCGCCGCCGGGCGCCUCCACCCCCCGGCGACCGGGCUGGCGGCGGUCUGUGGCAGCUACUGCCGCUAGCCGCCUGGGCCCGUCAAGCCGCACCAGCGCCCGCCACUGCCGCACCUGCAGCAGCCGGGGCGCGCAGCUGUCUCCUGCAGCCGGGGCGGCGCGCGCAGCAGCAGGUGCUGGCGGCUGUGGGGAGGUACGGCAGUGGCGGCAUCAUUGACAGGAGCAGUGGCAUGAGCAGCAGCAGCAGCAGCAGCAGCAGCAGCAGCAGCAGCGGACGUGACGACAUCAGCGGCAGCCGCAGUAGCAGUGACGGUGGGGGAAAGGCAGGCAGGGGCAGGGCAGGCGGAGGCCGCUGGAACGGUGGCCGGCGUGGCAGUGGCAGGAGUAGCGGUGGCGGCGGCGGCAGGGCGCGUGACUCCGCGGAUGACAUGACCAUGUGUCGGACUCUGGAGGAGCUGCAAGCAAUCAGUGAUCAGCGGCUGGCGGUGUGGUCAGUGCGGCAAGACGUGAGCACCAUGUCAGCUGCCUUCAACCUGUGUGGCAAGCUGGAGUCAGCACGUGCCGGCGGGCCGGCCGCCACAGCCGCGGCCCGCGCCGGCAUCAUGGCGGCCCUUGCGCCUGCUCUCCUUCCGCUCGUGCCGCGCAUCCGCCAGCCGGCCGGCUGCAGCAUACCACUGUGGGCACUGGCAAAGGCCGGGGCUGCCAGCGACGGGCGUGUGGAGUCACAGCUGGCGCCGGCGCUGCUGCAGCGGCUGGUGGACCCAGUGUUGCUGGACAGUGCCACUCCUCAGAACCUGGCAAACGCGCUGUAUGCCCUGGGCAAGCUGCGGGAGGACCAGCAGCAGCGGGGCUCGGGCUGGGACCCCACCUCAUCAUCGCCGCAUCUGAACGCACUGACAGGCGCUGUGGCCUCGCGGCUGCGUGCGGCGAGGGGGCACGGCUUCAAUGCCCAGGACGUGUCUAACAGCCUGUGGGCGUGCGCCAAGCUGGGGUACCGAGACUCAGACCUUCUGUUGCCGCUGGCGGAGGCGACUGCAGCCCUUGCCCGGGACAUGAAUGCGCAAGGUCUGGUCAACAGCCUGUGGGCCCUAGAGGUCCUUGGCUGCAGCGGACCGGCGUUUCGGGCAGUGCUAGAGGCGCUGUGUGGUGCGGCUCUGCGGCAGCUGCGAACACCGAAGGGAGCUGAAUUGUUCAAGCCGCAGGAGUUGUCCAACAUCCUACUGGCGCUGGAGGGGCUGCAGCUGGGAAGCAAGCAGUCUGAGCGGCUGGCGGCUGCAGUAGCAGCAGAGGGCGUAUGGCGGGGCUUUGCCGGCUUUACACCACAGGAGCUCAGCAACUCGGCGUGGGCCCUGGCCAAGAUGGGGUAUGGGGCCGAUGCAACGUCGCAAGCCAUUGAGCAGAGCCCCUGGUACGCGGCUGUGGCGGCCGCAGCUCAGCGGCCCGGGGUCAUGGCCGGCGCCAAGCCGCAGGCCUGGGCCAACCUGCUGUACGCGCUUGCGUUGGUGCGCCACCAGCCGCCACCCGCGCUGCUUGACGCAGGCGCCGUGGCGGCGAUGCAGCGAGGCAAUGCACAGGAGUGUGCAAACACGCUAUGGGCGCUGGCGGUGCUGCAGCUGCGGCAUGCCGGCUUGGAGGCGGCGGUGUGCGGCCGGCUGGGUGAGCUGCUGCGGCAAGGCCCGGAGUCGCUUAUUGCACAGGAGCUUUGCAAUAGCUUGUGGGCGCUGGCGGUGCUGGCAGGCGGCGGUGUCCCUGCUAGCCCGGCUGCAGCUGCGCUGGCCCUGGCGCUGGCCUAUGAAGCCGUGCGGCGCCGUGAGGAGGUUCAGACCGAGGAGCUAUUUCAGCUCUGGCAGGCGCAACAGGAGUUGGGCGGCGAGGUGGCGGAGGCGCUUGCCCGCAGCCCCGACCUGCUAGCCGCGAUGGAGGCGGCGGUAGCUACACAACGGGCGACGGUGUCGACCACCAGCAGUACGCAGGAGCAGGUGGCAGAGGCGCUUCAACGACUACUGCAGAAGGGUCGCCUGCCCAUCGGUUCGGUGCAGACGGAGGUUGUGGUGGAGGGCGUGCUGGGGCGUGUGGAUAUUGUGGCGGACUGGAGCGACGGGCGGAGAGUGGCCAUUGAGGUGGACGGGCCGGACCACUUCCUCACCAACCGCAAGGACAACCCGUCCGCGGUAGACGGUUCCACGGCGCUGCGCAACCGGCAGCUACGGCGGACGCUAGGAGAGCGCGGCCUGGUGUGUGCGCCGUACUGGGAGUGGUACAGUCUGAGGACGCCUUCCGCUCAGGAGGCCUACCUGCUGCGGCGACUGCAGGAUCUGCUAUCGGGCGCUCCUUCAGGAGCAGCAGCAGGAGGGGAAGGCAGCGCGGCCGCCCCUCGCCGCAAGCAGCAGCGGACGACUCGGCCGCAGCCGGACACUGCCGGCACCACCACCACCGCCACCACCACCGCCAGCAGCAGCCAGAAAAGACGCAUCCUCGUUGUCCGCAGGACGGCGCCAAAGCAGGACCUGCAGCACGACGCCACCUGCGACGCACCGUCAGCCUCAGGUGCGGGUCCGGCGGAGGCGGUGGCGGAGGUUGCGACAAGUGGCGGCCUUCGGCCUGCCGCCGCGGGUGCCGACGUGGCAUCUGCUCCUGGGCGGCAACAGCGACAGCGGCAGCGGCAACAGCAACCGUCGAUGCCGGAGCCGGAAGCUAUGGCCGCUGCUGUGGGCAGACGCCGCAGGCCUGCUGCAAACGAGCCGCGGCCACAGCAGCAGCAGACACGGCCGCCGCCGCAGAACACAAGGAAGCGAGCGGCCUCUGCAAACGCACACGCGGCUGCGGCUGCUGCUGCGGCUGCUGCUUAGCAAGCCCGCAUGGGUGGAUGUGCAAGGGCGGCUGGCGCGGCGUCCCACCCGUUUGGCGGAGUUUGUGUCGUGCCCGGUGCUGCUGCUGCUGCCAUGAACAAACACGUGGAGGCGGGCGCGUGGAGGAGCGACCGGGCAGAGUGUGGCGAAGCGUAGCCGACGACGAGGCGGGUGGAGGAGGAGCAGGCGCUGCGGGCCUUGGGCGAGGAAGCUUGUGAAAUGAUUGGGUUGAGGCGUGGGCUUGCCACUAUUGUGAGGUAUGAGGUGAGGUGGUUUGGGCGAGGAUGACAAGUAGGUGACGGAUGCGGGAGGUUGCGGCCUCAACCGACACGCCUGCUGGCACACACAGGAGCGGUCGUUAGUUGGCUGGGGUCACCUACCGUAGGCACACUGGGGGCACACUGGCAUGCACACGCACACACUGCGCCGAGGUUGCGUCACUGGCUUCGUGAACUGUGUCAGUGUAGGUCCCUCUUGUAACCACGAAUGCAAUCCAGGCUGCAUCUCACGACGACAGCAGCACAGGACGAACGAAGCGGGAGGCGGGCCGCCGGUGCCUGGCAGGAGCGGUCGCUGGGGGCGCGGUAGGCGGCACACCACACAAGGUCACCGUAAGCGGCACCUGGCACAGCACCUCAAGUGCACACAGCGGCAUCUGGUGACAUAGGGCACACCAGCAUGCCAGCCAUCGGGCACGCACGGGCCCUCCCCAGUAGUAGCAAGGCAAAGCCAAGACAAUUAAGUGGGGUUGGUGUGACUUUGAGUGUAGGAGAAGAUCUAGGCGUCGUGUCAUAGCAUGGCGAUGAAUGAAGGCAUUGAAUUCAUCUUUGUGCUUGAAAGCAGCGUCAGUGUCCGGCCUAGUGUUCAUGCUCCCUCGUCAAUUCCCCUAUGACCACAUAAUCCUGUCCAGUGCGCAGGAGGCGCAGGGGGACGCAGCUCGGCGGCACAGUUGGAGAUCGGGAGAGAGGAAACUGGGUUCGUGCCAUACAUAUGGUCAGGGCGGAAUGAAGUAAGGCUAGAGCUG